GCUACUCUCCCUCCCCCCACAAGGGGUCGUCUCUCUCUCUCUCUCUCUCUGUGCAUAUAUAUAUAUAUAUAUAUAUCACAAAUUUUGUUUGUCAGAUUAAGAGGGAUAAAGGGAAGAAGGAGAGGAAAAAGCUUAGUUGUCUACUUACGAGCUAGCCCUACAGCAGCAUUUUGUUGUGAAAGCAGGAUUCCUCAUCCAGGUGAAACUUGCCUACCUGUUGGAAUGAGUUGAAGAUGAAGAAGUUUUUGGUUGGGAAACUAUUUCCUCGCACAAAAUUAAUUGUCUUUGCUGCCCUUUAAUCUUGCUUUGCUGAGUUUCGACUUUGGUUGAUGCCUCUAUAGAUGUCUUCAUCUGAUGUGUUAGUGCCAGUAAUUGCAGGCAUUAGCGUGAUCUGUUGUUUUUGUGCCAAGAGAGUAAGAAGAGCCAUUGUUUCAGAUCUGAGAGCAGCUAUUGCUCAGCCAGCCCCGGGUUCUGUGGUUCAAGCCCCAGGUCAUGUGGUUCAUUCAGAACUGAGAGCAACUGUUGCUCAGCCAGCCUCGGGUUCUAUGGUUCAAGCCCCAGGUCAUGUGGUUCAUUCAGAACUGAGAGCAGCUGUUGCUCAGCCAGCCCCGGGUAAUUAUGUGGUUCAAGCCCCAGGUCACGUGGUUCAUGUGUGGGAAGUUGAUGCUCCGACAAUGGAGAGGUUCCUCGAAGACCUGGCAAAGGAGAAACCGAUCAGAUUCACAGUCCAAGAACUGUGUACCUUCACUUCCAAUUACUCCACAAGGUUGGGUUCUGGAGGCUUUGGCAUUGUCUAUAAAGGACAGUUGCCAAAUAGGGUUAAAAUUGCAGUAAAAGUCCUCAAUAGGAACUCAGUUGGAAGAGCUGAGGAGCAAUUCAUGGCUGAGGUGACCACCAUUGGAAGAACUUACCAUAGAAAUCUGGUCAGGCUUUAUGGUUUUUGCUUUGAUGAAUUCACGAGUGCACUAGUUUAUGAGUACAUGGAGAACGGAUCAUUGGACAAGUACCUGUUCAAUGAUACGCAAGCAAUUGAAGAGUGGGAAAAGCUACGUGAAAUUGCAAUCGGAACAGCAAAAGGCAUCGCCUACCUGCACGAAGAGUGCCAGCAGCGCAUCAUUCACUAUGAUAUAAAGCCUGGAAAUGUCCUCCUAGACAAAAAGUUUACCCCCAAGGUCGCUGAUUUUGGGCUGGCAAUGCUUUGCGACAUAGAUAGUACCCAUGUAUCUGUGUCUGGGUAUCGAGGGACUCGCGGCUACUCAGCACCGGAAUUUGAGCUCAGGAACUUCCGCAUAACGCAUAAAUGCGAUGUCUACAGCUUUGGGAUGCUGUUAUUCGAGAUAAUAGGGAGGAGGAGGAAUGCCCGAAGAGGUUCCACGGACAGCUUGGAUUGGUUUCCAAAACAAGUGUGGGAAGAGUACGAGAAAGGAAAGUUGGCUGCAAUGUUGUCGGGGUGUUGGAAUGAGGAGAAGGAUAGGGAGCAAGUGGAGAAGGCGGCUAUGGUGGCUCUGUGGUGCGUUCAGGGCUCUCCUGAUGACAGGCCGUCGAUGAGCGAGGUGGUGAAAAUGCUGGAAGGCGGAGUGGAGGUGAUGCCACCUUCGAAGCCAUUCCAUUACUGGUUAUCUAUUUCCGUGACUAGGCCUGAUGCACGCACCCUCUAAUGGGAGCCACAGUUCAGACAUUUCUACUUGGCCCAGCUGUGGAACGAAUUCGCGUCGGUACAAGGACACCACGCCCAUCAUGGCCAAGUACGAGAUUCAAAUAGCCAGUAGUACUACCACUACCUAAAAAUAGAAAAAAGAUGUGUUAAAAGCCUUCCUUGUUUUUACCCUUAAAUAAUGUACGUGAUUUGUGCCUAAUGCCAUGAGCCAAAUGAAAACGAGGCUUCUAGAAAAAAAAAUUGUUUGUCGAGUGGCAUUGAAACUUAAUGCCUAAUCUCAAUCAAUGAUAGCUAGA